AUGCAAUUAAAAAUCAAACGACAUUGUCGAUUUCGACGGUUUCUAAUUUUUCCUCUUCUUUCGAUCAUUGUAUUCUUUAUUUUGAUCAAAUCUUUCAUCUAUUCACCAUCAAAUCUUGAUUUUAUUGAACUAAACUCGUGUCCUGCUUGCUUUGGUGUUCAUCUUUGUCCUCUUUUUGGAACUCAUCAUGUACAAUUAUCAGGUUGGCAACGUUUUUCUUUCUUCAACAAUGAUAUGUUUAAUGUUAAAAAUAUUUAUCAUGGUACAUUACAUAAUCAUUCAGUUAUUUUCAAGAAAAUGGCUCAUCAAAGUGAAUGGAUUACAUUUGAUAAUUGUCAUUACAAAUCAUCAUGUUUUCGUCAUCUGAAAUCACCUUUAUCAACACUUCUACCUUGUUCAAAUACAACAUUUAUUUCCAAAUUUCGAAAUGCAUUUAUUCUGUCAACUGAUUUUGAUCCCAAUGACAGUGAAAUAUCAUUUCAAGUAACAAGUCAAAUAAAUCUUGAACCCAUUGUUUUAUCCAGUUUAUCCGGUAGUGGACUUCCAUUUCCAUUCUAUUAUGGUUCUUGUGGUCGAGUGGUAGUUGUGAGUGAUGAAGGAUCAGACUUAGUUUCUUAUCUUCAUUCAUCAUUUCAAUUUCGUGCAUUUCUCGCUCGAGAAUUACUUAUUUCCAUGUAUGAAUUGAACAAUAAUAAUUCAGAAAUGAUUAUUUAUUAUCCUGAUGUGAAUCUGGAAAAUUUUGUUUAUAAUGAAUAUGAACGACGUGUAAAAAUCAUUGAUUUAGAAUUGGUAAUUAUUGUUGAACGAGAAUUCUUCUUAGAAAAGGAUAAUAAAAAUACAUUGAGUGGUAAUCAAUACUGUAGAACAUAUAUGCCUGACUUUAAUAUUGAACAAGUUUGUCGCUAUAUCUUAUCAAAACCUAGUAAAACAAAUGAAUUAGAAAUGUCAAGUGAUUUUCUACAUGAUAUUCCUGAUGGUAUUGAUCAUGAAUUUCCAAAGGAUGAAGCUCAAAAUCAAUCUGACACUACAAAUAAUCAAUCGACUAUAAUUGAUGUUGAGAAAGAAUCUGACAUCAAAGAAUUCUUAAAUGAAAUUGAAACUAUUCAAUCAGUUAUUGAUAGACUUGAUAAACUUACAGAACAAGUGAAACAAAUUCAGUUUACAAUGCUACAACCUACAGCAAAUCCAAAAUCAGGACAAGAACUUGAUAAUAAAACCGAAGAAAUUAAAAAAUUAUCAUAUGAAACAUCUGCGAAAUUAAAAAAAAUGGAACAAUCAUUAGAACAUCAGUCUGGUUUUGAUAUAACAAAUGCUCAACGACGUAUAAAAGAAUCACAUUUAUUUGUAUUAACAAGACAUUUUCGUAAUGUAAUGAUAGAAUAUAAUCAAGAAGCGGUUUUACAUCGUGAACGAUGUACAAAAGCGAUUUCUCGUCAACUUGAAAUGUCUGGAGUUAGAAAAAGUCAUGAUGAAUUAGAAGAAAUCCUCGAAAAUGGUUCUUCAGGAACUUUUGAUUUUUCUAUUAUGGUUAAAACUCAACAAGCACAACAAUCAUUAAAUGAAAUUGAAGCACGUCAUCGCGAUAUAAUUAAAAUUGAAACGUCUAUUAAAGAAUUACAUAAUAUGUUUCGUGAUUUAGCUAUUCUUGUUGCCGAUCAGGGUGAAAUGAUUGAUUCUAUUGAACAUAAUGUUGCAAAAGCAGCGAAUUAUGUUGAAGUUGCAGCAAAAGAUGUAAAUAUUGUCACUCAAUAUGUACAAAACAUUAGAAAAAAAAAAUUUAUUCUUGUUACACUUAUUGUAUCCGUUAGUGUGGUUUUUAUUCUUAUCACUAUAUUUAUUGGUUCUUUUUUACGAAAGAAAACUACAGCAAAAUAA